AUGCAUGGCCAAGUUCCGAAGCAGAUGGGUCGGUGGAUCCGACUCCGGCCUAACCAGGAUGUGGGAUUUUGGAUGUACAUGACUCUCCUACUGUUGAGUCUACAAAACAUGACAUCGAUAAUAUUGCAGCACAAAGUCCAGUCACAACCGGCUACAAAUAAUGACAGGUUUGAUUCUUUAUCUGGCAUCAUCCUGAUUGAAAUAUUCAAAUUCACUAUUUCUACAAUUUGUGUGAUGCGUUUAGACACAGACACAGCCCCAUCUCUGCGAGAGGGCCUCCGGGCUACACUAUUUAGUCCCUCGAGUGACGCUACCGUGUCGGCAUUACUUUUCACUGCGGCUACCAUUCUACAGAGUGUGGGAGCACAUUCUCUUGACCUUAUUCCUUACCUUGUCUUGUCCCAGCUCAAGACCAUUUUAACGCCUCUUUUUGCGAGGGUGAUAUUGAACCAGAGAUAUGCCCCCAAGAACUGGCUCUUCAUUGCCAUGAUGGCACUCGGCAUUGUUUUGACUCAGCUUGGAUCUGGCUCAGCCAAAUUGAGUCCGAAAGAGCUGAAAACCCAGGCGAUGGUGCAUGGAGCAUUUGCAAUGCUCCUCGCAGGAGUUUGUGUUGCUCUAGCUAGCCUGUGCAUUGAGAGAUCUAUGAAGAAAUCUGGUCUUCUUUUUCUCUGCAACGCUCAGCUAGCGGCCUAUAGCUCCGCUUUCGCAAUCAUUUACUCUUGCUGGGUUACAAAGUUCAGCUUUACGCAUUUUUUCAGAGGAUUUAGUCCGCUGGUUUGGAUCUACUUAGUGCUACAAGUGUCAGGGAGCUUUUUGGUUGCGUGGUGUGUACAAAUGACCAGCACAGUGACCAAAAAUUACGCUCAGGGUCUAGGAUUCGUCUUGGCCGUCCUCAUGCCUCGACUAGUGGCCCAUGAGCAUAUCAGUAUUCAGCUGCUGGCCGGAGUUGGUCUUGUCCUGGCCUCUGUACUUGGGUCGACAUCUUCUAGUCAAAGAAAACCGGAUAUGGACGAAAUACGAGAAAAAGUAAACGACUCAAACGUGUGCAAAGUGUGA